AUGUCGGGAUUAACAACAGCGACUUUACUGCUCUCUUGCGUGGUUUCCGUGGCUCUGUGUCAAGGUUUUGAAAGCAAGCGUCCAUCAUACAGGAACAGGAGAGCGGUACCAAACACUUUUACGGACGCGCGAGCCACAGAGGUGACAGAGUGGACGUCUUGGUUUAAUAUCGACCACCCUGGGGGAAACGGUGACUACGAGCGCCUGGAGGCCAUCCGCUUCUACUAUCGGGAGAGAGUAUGUGCAAGACCCACAGCAAUGGAGGCCCGCACUACAGACUGGGUGGCGGCGGCAGACACUGGGGAAGUCGUCCACUCCAGUCUGGAGAAGGGCUUCUGGUGCAUCAACAAGGAGCAACCCCACGGAAACAUCUGCUCCAACUACCACGUCCGCUUCCAGUGCACCCCAGAUCAGAGUUACUGGACACAGUGGGGAGAGUGGGGUCCGUGCACGACCACCGUUUGCAACGAUGUGGGCAUUCAAGUGCGCCAGAGGAGAUGCAUGAGCACGCAACCUUUGCCGCUACUCUUGGUCCCCGCCUGCCAGGGACACCAUUCAGAGAGGAGGGAGUGCUCCAACCCUCCAUGUACAGCCAAGUGGAGUCCAUGGGGUGUCUGGGGGUCCUGCACUGUGACAUGCGGCGGGGGUCGCAGAAUCAGGAGGAGGAGCUGCGUGAGGACCUCGACGACAAUGCAGUGCACCGGACGACCUGUGGAAACACAAAAAUGCGGCAAGAGUUCAUGUCCAGUGAAAUGUCAACGUGUGUGUGCCGAGGGCCGUCCCGAUGAAGACUGCAGACGCUGUGUGUGCGAGGGCCACGUUCUGCGCGGCGAAGUCCACAGUGUGACCGGGGCCCCUGUAUCAGAGGCCUGGGUGGCGUUCACCAGUCACCCCAAAGUCAUCCGUGCCCGAACGGACGCCGACGGUCAAUUCCGACUCAAAGGAGUUUGCUCGUCUGAUGACAUCUCCUUCACCAUCAGGAAGGACAAAUAUGCACCUGUCGUGGUGUCCUCCAGCAGUAACAGCACAGGCGUGUCCUGGGUGUCCGCUGUCCUCAAAUCGGCUGAGAAACCCUACGUUGUGAAGCACCCGGAGGACAAGGUGCGAUACGAGGGCGGGCGGGCGAUGUUGUGCUGCAAGGCAACAGGAUCGCCGACGCCUGAAAAGUACAACUGGUACCACAAUGGGACUCUGCUGGACAGAAAGGUGUACAACUAUCAAGAAGACCUUGUACUGAAGGACCUGAAGCCAGAGCAGUCUGGACAGUAUUACUGCAAAACCAGCAGCCCAGCAGGCAGCAUUAAGUCCUCGCCAGCAUCCCUCACUGUCAUCGCAAAAGGAACUCCAGCAUGCAAUUCUACCCCCGAGGCGCAUCUGAUCAGACUCCCACUGGACUGCGUUCAACCUGGGACUAACUCCAAGUUUUACAAUGCUGGCCGCUGCCCUCAUAACAAAUGUGCUGGCUCGCUAGACUAUGAUAUGCGCUGCCGGGAUGGAGAAGGCUUUUGCUGUGGUGUCCAAGCAAUGGAAACUCGGACCAUCGACUGUGGGAGCUACAACCUCCCAAUCAAGGCUGUAUCCCAAUGCAAAUGUCAGAAGUGCGCACAGCCAACAGUGCUAGUGCGUGGCAGAGUGGUCACAGCUGAGAAUGGUGACCCACUAAGAUUUGGCCACAUCUACAUUGGCAAAGAGAGGGUGGGCACCACUGGAUACCAGGGAGGUUUCACCUUGCAAGUUCCUCCUGACACACAGAGAUUGGUGGUGAAUUUUGUGGACCCCACUGAGAAGUUUAUCGACACUCCUAAGGUCUUUAUCUUGGACAAGAAGGGUGGAUCCAUCUACCAUGACGUCAAGGUGAUGAGGAAGCAGGCUCCGAUUGACAUCAAUGCGGGAGAGACUAAUUCUAUUAACCUGGGAGAGAUAAAAGGGGAAGACCCUAUUGGACAGUUGGUUAUUCCAGCCAAUUCCUUCCACAAAGACAAUGGAGACAUUUACGAGGGAACUGUAAAAGCCAGUGUCACUUUCAUUGACCCAAGAAAUAUCACCACGGCUUCUGCUACACCUGGUGACCUCAACUUUGUGGACAACGAAGGUGAUAUGCUCCCUUUAAGGACCUACGGCAUGUUCUCUGUUGACUUCCGUGACGAGAGCAACAAGGAGGUGCUUGGCGCCGGAGCGGUUCAAGUCCUUCUCGACACACAGCACGUCAAAAUGCAAGAGCACAUCCCCAAAAUGAAACUGUGGUCUUUAAAUCCUGACACUGGAGUCUGGGAGGAGGAGGGUGACUUCUCCAGCACCACAACCACAGGUGGGCACGGCCGGAGCAAACGAGAGGAGCGCACCUUCCUCAUAGGCAACAUGGAGAUCAGAGAGCGUAGACUCUUUAACUUGGACGUGCCUGAAAACAGACGUUGCUAUGUCAAAGUCCGUGCCUACAUGAGUGACAAGUUUCUUCCCGUUGAACAGCUGGAAGGCGUUGUGGUCAGCCUGAUAAACCUGGAACCCAAACCUGGUUAUUCCUCCAACCCCAGAGCAUGGGGCCGCUUCGACAGCGUCAUUACUGGCCAUAAUGGGGCCUGUUUACCUGCUUUCUGUGACGCCCAGAGGCCUGAUGCCUACACCGCUUAUGUAACAGCCAUGAUGGGUGGCGAGGAACUGGAAGCAGCCCCCUCCUCACCAAAGAUGAAUCCGAAUAUCAUUGGAGUAUCUCAGCCAUACCUGGAUAAGAUUGACUACCAGCGCUCAGACCAUGAAGAUCCAGCUCUGAAGAAAACAGCUUUCAGAAUUAAUCUAGCAAAGCCCAACCAAAACAACCUUGAUGAGACCAAUGGACCCAUAUAUCCAUAUCAGAAUUUAAUAGCCUGUGAAAAUGCUCCAGUUGAUUCAAACCAUUUUAGAUUCUUUAGGGUGGAAAAAGACAAGUAUGAAUACAAUGUUGUGCCUUUUGAGGAAAAUGAUCUGACAACCUGGACAGGAGACUACCUCUCCUGGUGGCCUAACCCUCAAGAGUUCAGAGCUUGCUUCAUUAAGGUGAAAGUCCAGGGACAAAAGGAAGUGAUGGUCAGGUCUAAGAACUUAGGAGGAACACAUCCAGAAACCAAAAACAAACUUUACGGCAUCCGAGAUAUACGCAGCACUCGGGACAUGCGAGAGGCCAAUACUUCAGCAGCUUGCGUGGAGUUCAAAUGCAGCGGCAUGUUGUUUGAUCAAGCUGAGGUGGAUAGAUCCCUCAUAUCAAUCCUUGCACAGGGGAACUGUCGCAAGAUCGCCACCAACAACCUCCUGCAGGAGUACCUAAUCAAACACCCUCCGGUGGCGCAAAAUAACGACUCCAAUGCCUUCAGCAUGUUAGCCCCUGUGGAUCCAUUGGGGCACAAUUAUGGCAUAUAUACCGUCACAGACCAGAAUCCCAGAGUUGCAAAAGAAAUCGCCAUUGGCCGCUGCUUUGACGGCACCUCGGAUGGUUUCUCCAGAGAGAUGAAGUCUAACUCCGGGGUGGCUUUGACUUUCAGCUGCCCAGAGAGGAAAAUUAAUAGAGAAAGCCUCUUUCAGCGUCUGCAGACCAACCCAGGUCAGACGCUGUCACAGAUGGCGAGGGACAUGAGAGAGAUGGAAGGCAUGCAGGUGCGGAGAUCAUCCACUCGAGUGGUGGCCUAUCCUUCUGAGCCACGGGUCAGGAUCCAGAAUCGUAGGGUUGGCAGUACAAGCAGGAGCAGGGCGGCUGUUCGCACACGACCCCAAUAACAGAGUCAGGAGAUCUUCACUCAAGGUGACUCAUGUUCAGGAACUGAAAUCUGACAUUCUUUUGAUAGAAAGGCACUUCUUCUUUACUGUGGAAAAAUCAUGUGUCGAGCCUGGCUGAAGAUAACCAAUAAUCUUAUACUUACUUGAAUGGUUUUUAAUAUUCUGCUUUUAUUUUUUUUGUUCCUCCUGAAAUACAUACAGUACAUAUUGUAGUUAUAUGAAAAGCUGGCAUAUAUUUAAAGACUUUGGUGAGAUUUCAUGAAUGAAAGACGUAUUGACCGGAAACUAUUAUCGGUGGAGCCCAAACGUAAAACAAAAAAAAUUGGCCUUCACUGCAAGGAAAAGUUGCAAAUACUGAGCUCUUUCUGUUCAAACGGACAUAAUCUAGAAAGACAUUUUCAGCUGUUUUCUUUGUUAUAGUGACAUGACACACCAAAACAAACGAGCAUCUCUAGCAGCAUAAACGACGAUAUUCAAUAUUUCAUUUUUCACCAAGAGCUCAUUAGGUUCCAAACUGACAUAUUUUCUCCCAGAAUGUUUAUGAGCCGGUAAUAAAAUCCAUGUUUUUAACGUAAUACAAAAAGCUGCUGUUGAAAAAACAUGUACCGUAUUUUUCGCAGUAUAAGUCGCACCUGCCGAAAAUGCAUAAUAAAGAAGGAAAAAAACAUAUAUAAGUCGCGCUGGAGUAUAAGUCGCAUUUUUUGGGGACAUUUAUUUGAUAAAAUCCAACACCAAGAAUAGACAUUAGAAAGGGAAUUUAAAAUAAAUAAAGAAUAGUGAACAACAGGCUGAAUAAGUGUACGUUAUAUGAGGCAUAAAUAACCAACUGAGAACGUGCCUGGUAUGUUAACGUAACAUAUUAUGGUAAAAGUCAUUCAAAUAACUAUAACAUAUAGA